AUGAUUUAUGUUGUAAGAGGACAAUUGGCUCUAACGAAUUUAACAGCGUAUAUAGCUAAUGCUCAUAUGAUGAGCGUGACGUGGGAUUUACCACCGAAUUUAAAUGCUAUUGAUAAAGUAUUUAUAACAAUAGAGGAUGUUGAAAGUAAUCGAACAAUACAAAUGCAAUCAUUCGAUAAUAGUAUUAAAAAAUUAGAUAUACAAAUAAAAGCAAAUGAUGCAUACAGUGUACAACCAAACAGAACAAUAAGAUUUUCUGCUAGAUGUUCAGAUAGAAAUGGCCAAAAUUCAACAACGACAGUCUAUCAAAUGUAUAUCAAUAUGAAAGAUCCAGCACCAUUAAAUGUUCGAGUAUUUCGUGUUAAUGACACAUCUAUCAAUGUAACUUGGGAUCCUAUUUCUUAUCCUGAAGUGUCGAGAUAUACUGUUUAUUACAAUGACAAAUCAGAAACAAAAGAUAUCGAAAAAUGGCCACUAUAUGCACUAUCACCUCAUACAUCAUCAGCAUUAAUUAGUGAUUUAAAACCGGAUGUUAUUUAUAAUAUUCGUGUUAAUGCUGAGUUUAUCGUAAGAAAAGACAGUAUACAAACUGGUUUUUAUCCUGAGCCUCAAUUUAUAACACAGUAUGACGAUUUGUUGAGUAGACCAACUGACAUGACUUAUACAGAAGUGACGGCGAAUAGUAUUCGAAUUUGGUUUUCUUUUGAAGACAAAAAUCCUCAUUAUAGUCGGAAAGUACAAAGAUUAGAAGUACAUUAUGAAGGUGUCCAAAAUUAUAUCGAUAGUUUAGGCAUACCACGUUUUAAUUCUCAUCGUAAUUCAGCUGGUCUUAUCACAUUACCAGCAGAUGGCGAUAUUAAUCGCGAAUGGCUUGUCACAGGUUUAGCAGCUAACACAAAUUAUACAUUGAAUUUAAGCGGAACAACAGCCGACGAUUCAUAUCCAUCUGCUCAUUACAAUGUUAAAGUUUAUAGUCGUCCAGCAACAAUUCGAUUUCAAACAGAUUAUGAUUCACCGCCCUAUGUGGAUCGACCGGAUAUAAUUAAACGUGAAACUAUCAUUAGUAAGACGGUACCAUUAAGUUUACAUAAAGCAUCAACUAAAAAUGGACCAAUUGAUCGAUAUUAUAUUGUUGUACAUUUAUUUGAAAAAGUGACGUAUCAAUCCUAUGUUCCUCAAGAAGGUCGGAAAGAAUGCUGUUAUACAGCUGCUGUAUUUUCAUCAGACAAACUUCCCGAUGUAUUUACUCUUGGUGAUGGUAGAACAACAAUAGAUUAUUAUCCAUUUGCUCCAAAUAUUUAUAACAAUUCGCCAAUAGAAACAAACUGUAAGGUUAAACUUGUCUCAUGGGGAUUUAGUCGAAAGCAAGAGAAUUUGACAACAUCAAGUGCAACAACUCAGAUUCUUUUAAGUUCAAAACCUAUUCGAGCAAAUCAAGAUUCAAUGAACAAUUUAUUAUGGAUAUUCGGUGUUGUUAUUAGUAUAUUCAUUAUUUUUAUUAUAUUAGUCGUUUUCACUGUUAAAUAUAGUCGCACGAAAAAGAAGCCAAUUACGCCACCACCUGAAUCUGUUCCAUUCGAUUUAACGCCAAAAAUGUUAACAAUGGAAAUGCCCAUACUACCUCCAGCCAUUUCGCCAGCAUCAUCUGGCGAACCAGUUGAACUGAGACGUACACAUUGUAUUACAGCUAGUAAUACUUAUAGUGUAACAACUCAUCCACCUAUUCAUGUCGACGAAUUUGCAGCGCAUGUUGAACGCUUAAAAGCAGCUGAUAAUUAUAAAUUUUCACAAGAAUACGAAUCCAUUGAUCCCGGUCAACAAUUUUCGUGGGACAACUCAUUAUUGGAAUAUAACCGUCCAAAAAAUCGUUAUGCAAAUGUUAUUGCCUAUGAUCAUUCAAGAGUUGUGCUGCGACCCAUAGAUGGCAUACCGGGAAGCGAUUAUAUAAAUGCAAAUUAUAUGGAUGGUUAUAGAAAGCAAAAUACAUAUAUUGCAACACAGGGUCCGUUACCCGAUACAUUUGGCGAUUUUUGGCGGAUGGUAUUUGAGACAAAUUCAGCAUGUAUUGUUAUGAUGACAAAAUUAGAAGAACGAAACCGUCUCAAAUGUGAUCAAUAUUGGCCGUCAAGAGGAACAGAAACAUACGGUCCUAUCCAAGUGACAUUAACAGACUUGAUUGAACUAGCGUCUUACAGUAUAAGAACAUUUAAUAUAGCAUGGAUUGGUCAUCCUGAAAAACGUGAAAUACGUCAUUGUCAAUUUACAGCAUGGCCUGAUCAUGGAUUACCAGAUCAUGCAACAUCGUUUCUAAUGUUUUUGAGGCGUGUGAAAACAUUAAAUCCACUUGAUUCCGGUCCGAUUAUCGUUCAUUGUAGCGCUGGUGUUGGUCGGACGGGAUGUUUUAUUGUAUUGGAUGCCAUGGUUGAUCGUUUGAAACACGAAAAAACAGUUGAUAUAUACGGACAUGUCACAUUACUGAGAUCACAACGUAAUUACAUUGUUCAAACAGAGGAACAGUACAUAUUUAUCCAUGAUGCUGACAACGAAGCGAUUCAGUCCGGAUAUACCGAAAUAUUAGCCAAAAACUUAUUUACACAUUUACAACGUUUAUUACAACCGAUCAACGAUAGUUCAUUAACAGAAAUGGAACUGGAAUUUAAACGAUUAGCCAAUGUCAAAGCACAACCGUCCAAAUUUAUUAGUGCUAAUUUACCAUCAAAUAAAUUCAAAAAUCGCUUAGUGAAUAUAUUACCAUAUGAGAAUACACGUGUUUGCCUAUCGCCAGUACGUGGUAUCGAUGGAUCGGAUUAUAUAAAUGCCAGUUAUAUUGAUGGUUAUCAUUCUCCAAAAGCAUACAUUGCUACUCAGGGACCGCUAUUGGAGACUGUUGAUGAUUUUUGGAGAAUGUUAUGGGAGCAUAACUCAACAAUUAUUGUCAUGUUAACAAAAUUAAAAGAAAUGGGAAGAGAAAAAUGCGUGCAGUACUGGCCAAAUGAACAUUCUUCAAGAUAUGGUUAUUUUGUUGUUGAUCCAAUUGCUGAAUACAAUAUGCCACAAUAUGUACUAAGAGAGUUCAAAGUGACAGAUUCUAGAGAUCGUUUAUUUCGAACAGUUCGUCAAUUUCUUUACACUGAAUGGCCAGAUCAAGGAGUACCUAAAUUUGGCGAGGGUUUCAUUGAUUUUAUUGGUCAAGUUCAUAAAACAAAAGAACAAUUUGGUCAAGAUGGACCCAUAAUAGUUCAUUGUUCAGCUGGUGUUGGACGAACGGGAGUAUUCAUUACACUUAGCAUUGUAUUGGACAGAAUUCGAUAUGAAGGAGUUGUUGAUGUAUUUCAAACAGUAAAAUUACUGAGAACACAAAGACCAGCUAUGGUGCAGACAGAGGAUCAAUAUCAAUUUUGUUAUCGUGCUGCUUUGGAGUAUCUUGGCUCAUUUGAUAAUUUUUCAUCCUGA